GCUCUGACAAGUGACAACAGGGAUGGCAACCGGUAGCGAAGCUGGAAAGCCCGUGGAGGUCGUGCUGGAGUGGCCUAAGCAGGACAAAAAGAGGAUGCUGCAUGCUGUUUACCGUGUGGGAGAUCUGGACCGCACCAUUAAGUGUUACACGGAAUGCUUUGGGAUGAAGCUGUUGAGGAAAAGAGAUGUUCCUGAAGAGAAGUACACCAAUGCGUUUCUUGGGUUUGGACCUGAGAACACUAAUUUUGCACUUGAGCUGACUUACAAUUAUGGUGUUGACAAGUAUGACAUUGGACCGGGCUUUGGACAUUUUGCCAUCGCAAAUGAGGAUGUGUACAAGCUGGCUGAGACAAUUAAAUCAUCUUCUUGUUGUAAGAUCACUCGUGAACCUGGUCCUGUCAAGGGAGGGUCCACUGUGAUUGCCUUUGCACAAGACCCAGAUGGUUACAUGUUUGAGCUUAUCCAGAGGGGUCCGACGCCUGAGCCUCUCUGUCAAGUUAUGCUUCGUGAUGGUGACCUUGAUCGGUCUAUCAUGUUCUACGGGAAGGCCCUUGGAUGAAGCUUCUGAGAAAGAAAGAUGUGCCUCAGUACAAGGUAC